AUGGUGGGGCAUCAGAUCGCCGGGUACCACCAAAGGGAUUAUAUCUGUCCAAGAUGCGAGUCUGGUUUCAUCGAGGAGCUUCCGGAAGAGACCAGGAGCACAGAAAAUGGUUCAGCCCCCUCCACAGCCCCCACGGACCAGAGCCGGCCACCAUUGGAGCACGUGGAUCAGCACCUGUUCACGCUGCCGCAGGGCUACGGACAGUUUGCUUUCGGCAUCUUCGAUGACAGCUUUGAGAUCCCCACGUUCCCUCCUGGGGCGCAGGCUGACGAAGGCAGGGACCCUGAGAGCCGGCGGGAGAGAGACCAUCCGUCCCGGCACCGGUACGGCGCCCGGCAGCCCCGCGCCCGCCUCACCACGCGGCGGGCCACCGGCCGGCACGAAGGCGUCCCCACGCUGGAAGGGAUCAUCCAGCAGCUUGUCAAUGGCAUCAUCACGCCUGCCACCAUCCCCAGCCUGGGUCCCUGGGGAGUCCUGCACUCAAACCCUAUGGACUACGCCUGGGGGGCCAACGGCCUGGACGCCAUCAUCACACAGCUCCUCAAUCAGUUUGAAAACACGGGCCCCCCACCGGCAGAUAAAGAGAAAAUCCAGGCCCUCCCCACCGUCCCCGUCACCGAGGAGCACGUAGGCUCCGGGCUCGAGUGCCCUGUGUGCAAGGACGACUACGCGCUGGGUGAGCGUGUGCGGCAGCUGCCCUGCAACCACCUGUUCCACGACGGCUGCAUCGUGCCCUGGCUGGAGCAGCACGACAGCUGCCCCGUCUGCCGAAAAAGCCUCACGGGACAGAACACGGCCACGAACCCCCCGGGCCUCACUGGGGUGAGCUUCUCCUCCUCGUCGUCCUCCUCCUCCUCCAGCUCGCCCAGCAACGAGAACGCCACAGGCAACUCGUGAGCCCGCGUCGGCCGCCGGGAAAGCACGGGUCCUUUCCCAGCCACCCGCAGCCGGCGCCACACGGCACCCACGGACUGGUGCCCCGGUGGGCCACGCUUGGCUGGUCAGCGCUGCAGGUCCCGCCUGUUCCAGGGCAGGAUCCGGGCCCGGCCCACUGGCCCCCUGGCUCGGGAAGGCGUGGGCCACAUGGUCCCCGCUGGGGCGUCCCCAGCCUCCCCGUCCUUUGUCUAACCUCACCCUCUAAACGUUCAGCGGUGGAAAGAUUUUUAUAAUUUUAAAUUAUUACUGCUUUGAAAUAAAUGGACGUUUUAGCUCACACGGCGGCCAUGCAUGAUUUGUGGCAAAAGACGGGGCGCAGCUGC